UCUAAUCGCCUUCCACUAAGGAUUAGAAUAAGAAAAAUAGUAAUUACAAUAAUAAUAAACAAAGACUCCAAAGAAAUUGAAGAAGUCUUUGGUGAAACUUACUUUUCUCGGAAGCGAAGUUCUUUGAUGGUUGAAUUUUUUAUUCAAUUGAAGCAAAGUUGUUGGAUCUUGAAACUUCACAUUUCUUUGUUAUUUCUAUCUUUUCUUCUUUUGUAUUGCUGCCUUACCUUUCGCUUACAGCUCUCUCCUCAAACAGUUUCCAUCGAGGCAAUCAAGCAUCGUCUUAUAUCAUUAUCUCCACAUCUUCCAGCUAGCUAGAGGAAAUAGAAAAAAAAAAAAACUGGUCCUUGAUUUUCCUUUACUGAUCCAUACGGCUUUUGAAGAUCCAUCUCAAGUGAGGUUCAAUCGGUCACAAGGAUUUCCAGCACAACUUAUCAAUAUUGGUGGAUACUUGAAGCUCUUUGUUCAUUUGAAACAAGGUUGGUCCUUAAUUCUCCUUUCCUAAUGAUAUCUGGAGUUGGUGAUGUAAAGAGUCCACACAGUUUAAUUUAGAAGAUCCAUCCCCAAUUAGAAUUUUCAAUUUCCAAGUUGAUCCAUCAACAAAUUUUCUCUUCUACUUUACAAUUAGCUCUCAAAGUAAUUAAGAUCAUCAAAGAAUGGCUGCUGAAUUUGCUGCCUCUGCUGCUGCCAAUGCUGUAGGAAACCUUACAACAGAAUAUGCAUCACCUUAUGUUAGUUACUUUUUCCGAUUUGGGAAAAUUGUUGAAGAAUUCAAGAAUCGGAGAAAUGAACUUGAAUUGAAAAGUGAUCGGAUAAAAAAUGAUGUCGAAGAGGCUACAAGGCAAAAUGAGGUAAUUGAGAAGGAUGUCCAAGACUGGCGAAAAAGGGCAGAGAAAGAACUUGAAGAAACCCAGUGUUUGGAAGCUGAAAUAGAACGUAUGAAGUGUUUCAAUUGGUGUCCAAGUUGGGGUUGGCGAUUAUGCUUAAGUAAGAAAGUGGCAAAGAAGACGAUCUCUAUCAAUAAACUUCUUGAGAGUUGUAACUUUCCACGGGUGGGCCACUUUGAACCUCUUCAGGGGAUAGAAUUCUUCCCAUCUGAGGAUUUCAUGCCUUCUAAAUCUUCAAAUUCAACGUUAAAUGACAUCAUCAAGGCUCUAAACACUAAUGGUGUGAACAUGAUUGGAUUGUAUGGAAUGCCAGGGGUGGGCAAAACAACUUUGGCAAAAGAAGUUGGGAAGCAUGCUGAAGUGAAAGAGCUCUUUGACAGAGUUGUGAUGGCUACAAUGUCCCAAACGCCAAACAUCAACAAAAUUCAAGAUAAAUUUGCAGAAUUAUUAGGUUUGAAAUUUAAAGCAAGCACGGAAGAAGGAAAAGCAGGAGAGCUAUGCCAGAGAUUGCAAGGCGCGGAGAAGAUCCUCAUAAUUAUCGAUGAUGUUUGGAAGGAGUUUAAAUUGCAGACUGUAGGUAUUCCAUUCGGAGUUGAACGCGGAGGUUGCAAAGUUCUUCUGACCACACGUCUUGAACAAGUCUGUGUUCGUAUGAAUUGUCAACAGAAAUUUGAACUUCACAUCUUAUCCGAAAGUGAAGCAUGGGUUUUGUUCAAAGAUACUGCUGGUCUAAAUGAUGUUUCUUCGGAAUUGAAUGAUGUAGCCAAGGAGGUUGCUAGUGAAUGCAAGGGUUUGCCUCUUGCAAUUGAAACAAUCGGAAAAGCUUUAAAAGGAGCAAAUCUAGAUGGGUGGCAAGCAGCAAAUAAGCGACUCAAGGACUCAAGACAUUUAGACAAUGAAGACGUUUCUGAAGACAUCUACAACUGCCUUAAGCUGAGUUAUGAUUAUUUGAAGAGAGAUAAUAUUCGAACAUGUUUCUUGCUGUGUUCCCUUUUUCCAGAAGAUUGGGGUAUCGAGAUUGAGGAGUUGGUUAUGUUUGCAAUUGGUCAUGGAUUAUUUUCUCAUAUUUUCUUAAUUGAAGACUUGCGGAGAGAAAUUCGUCAAGCACUAAGAAGCCUCCAGAAGUCUGGUUUGUUAUUGAGAACUGAUGAUGAUGAUGAUGAAAGAUAUGUAAGGAUGCAUGACGUGGUUCGUGAUUUUGCUCAUUGGAUAACAUCUACAGGGAAAAAUAUAUUCAUGGUAAAAGAGUGGUUGAUGGAAUGGCCUCCAAGUGAAAGUUGUGGAUCUCAUACAGCAAUCUCCUUUAGGAACAGCAACAUAAAUAUUUUUCCUGAAAAAUUAGAAUUUCCAGAACUCAAAAUUUUGAUUUUUACAGGAAAGACUUUAGUGAAAGUUCCGAUUGCAUUUGUUGAAGGAAUGAAAGCCCUCCGAGUUUUGCAUCUCGAAAAUGUCAUUUUCUCACUAGAAGUACUUAAUUUGGUAACAAAUCUUCGAACUCUGUGCCUUGUAAAUUGCGAGUUGGAGAACAUCUCAUCAGUGGGAAAUUUGAAAAACCUUGAGAUUCUUGCAUUCUCUAAUACUAAUAUUUAUGAGCUACCUGAAGAAUUAGCGGCAUUGCGUGGCCUAAAAUCGCUACAUUUUUUUUCCUCUGGAAGAAAAGAGAUCAAUUUUCCCCCUAAUUUACUGUCAAGGUUGACAUCACUCCAAGAACUAUACGUGAUAUGUGAAAACAAUGUCAACUUAUCGGAGCUGAAUUCAUUGUCUCGUUUGACUGUGCUGUCACUGAAGGUUUCUCCUACUCGAUGUUUUCCAGAAAACUUUGUGUUCCCUAAACUACAAAGCUACAUUAUAUUUGUAGAUGCAAGUGUUGAAUUUAUGCGGGGGCCAAACUUUAGAGCCUUGCAAAUUAUUGACCCAACUUCAUUUAGUGCAUACAAGGAGUUGUUUUGCAAUGUGGAAAUUUUUGCUCUGGAGAAUGCCAUGGGACACAAAAAUAUUGUCCACAUCGUAGAUCCCGAGGGUCUAAAUGCAAGCCUCCAAAGUCUAAAGAUUGCAACCAUUCGGAAGUGCAGUGAAUUGAAAUCCAUCUUCCCGCCUUGCCUUGCUCAAAGUUUGUUGCAUCUACAAGUACUUGAAAUAUCUGAGUGCGAUAGAAUAGAACAAGUCUUUGAUUUUCCUCCCCAAGAAGUGGGAGAGCUUGAGGUACGACCACUCUCUAAUUUAACUUCUUUGGAGCUAAAGUCAUUACCCGAAUUGAAGUGGAUAUGGAAAGGGCCCACCCAUCUUGUUAACCUCCAAAGUCUUAAGACUAUGAGAAUAGAGGGGUGUUUGAAACUGGCUUAUCUAUUUUCGACUCCCCUGGCUCAAAGUUUGAUGCAUCUGGAAGUACUCCAAAUAAGCCAUUGCGAUUCUUUGGAACAUGUAAUCUUUGAUGAAGCAGAAAAUGAGGUCUUCAAUAUGACAAAGGAUAAGGAUGGACGUCCACCGCAAGACAUUGUGCUACAGAGAUUGCAAAUUUUAAGACUUAAAAAUUUAGAGAAGUUGAGUAGUUUUUGUCCAGAAAAUUUUGUCAUGUCAUUAUCUUUGAAGGCGUUCGAAGUUUGCAAUUGUCCUCAAUUAACAGAGUUCAAGACGUUGCAGGCCCAUUUAAAGGAUGUCCCAUCAUAUGGUUUCAAGGAAUUGUUAUGCAAUGUCAAAGAACUUACCAUGGAUGGAUUCAUGUAUCACAAUUUGAAACAUCUCUUCUCACCAUCACUUGUUCAAAGCUUGGUAAUGCUAGAAAAACUCAAGAUAAAACACUGCGAUGAACUGGAACACAUUGCCACUGAGUUGGAAAUUGAUACUAAUGUAGAAUCAGACAGUGGCCUUCUCCAUCAUCCGCCCUUGCCAAAAUUGACAUCUCUUGAAAUACAUGGGCAUAUUAGGUUCUUACAAAAGUUAAAAGAUUUGACCAUUCGAUAUUGUAAGCGGUUGAAAGUGGUAUUUGAAAUGGAUGGGCUUCUUGAAAAGGAAGAAAUUAGUCAGACGCCGCUACUCUCAAAUUUAACAAGUUUGGAUCUAUCUUCUUUACCAGAAUUGGAGAGUAUAUGGAAAUCACAAUCAACCCAUCAAUAUCAUGCAAGCCUCCGAAGUCUGAAGGUUGUAAACAUUCGGAGGUGUGAUGAAUUGAAAGCGAUCUUCCCGCCUUGCCUUGCUCAGAGUUUGUUGCAUCUACAAGAACUCUCUAUAUGUGCCUGUGAGGGAUUAGAGCAAAUCAUUGAUUUUCCCCAUGAAAUGGAUGAGCUUGAGGUACGACCACUCUCUAAUUUAACCUUUUUGGAGCUAAAGUUAUUACCAGAACUACAGUGGAUAUGGAAAGGGCCCACCCAUCUUGUUAACCUCCAAAGUCUUAAGACUAUGAGAAUAUGGGAAUGUGCGAAACUGGCAUAUCUCUUUUCAACUCCCCUUGCUCAAAGUUUGGAGCAUCUAGAAGAACUCGACAUAAAAGAUUGCGGCUUUUUGGAACAUGUAAUCUUCGGAGAAGCAGAAAAUGAGGAUCAAAUAGUUUCAAACGUGGAUGGCUAUCCUCUCCGCUGGCCUAAGUUGAGAACUCUCAAGAUAAUUAAUUGCGAAAGAUUGAAUUAUGUGUUUCCAAUCACUUUGGCUCAAGGACUUCCUUAUUUGGAAUCUGUUGAGAUAACUGAUUGUUCUCAACUAAAGCAGGUCUUCAAUAUGACAAAGGACAAGGGUGGACGUCCACCACAAGACAUUGUGCUACAGAGAUUGCAAUUUUUAAGGCUUAAAAAUUUAGAGAAGUUGAGUAGUUUUUGUCCAGAAAAUUUUGUCAUGUCAUUAUCUUUGAAGAUGUUCGAAGUUUUCAGUUGUCCCCAAUUAACUGAGUUUAAGACGUUGCAGGCCAAUUUAAAGGAUGUCAGAAAACUUGCCAUGGAUGGAAUCAUGUAUCACAAAAAUCUCAUUCCAAGCGUAGAUCCACAGGGACUAAAUGAAUUAACUUUUCUUACACUUAGAGAUGAGAAAGAGCUGGAAUGCUUGAUUGAUACAACAGACCAAGGCCAUGUCUCAACCGUUCCGCUGCUGCCAAAUUUAACAAGUUUGGAGCUAGAGCUAUUACCAGAAUUGAAGUGGAUAUGUAAAGGGCCCAACCAUUCUGUCUGCCUCCAAAGUCUGAAGGUUGCAGUAAUUAGUGGCUGCAAUAAAUUGAAAUAUCUCUUCUCACAAUCACUUGUUCAAAGCUUGGUGAUGCUAGAACAACUCCAGAUAGGGUACUGCGAUGAACUGGAACAUAUUGCCACUGAGUUGGAAAUUGAUGAUAAUAUAGAAUCAGACAGUGGCUUUCUCCAUCCUCCGCCCUUGCCAAAAUUGACAUCUCUUGAAAUACAUGGUUGUCCAAGACUACAAUAUGUCUUCAAUGUGGCAAAAGAAAAUAAUGGAGUUGAUAAUGCCAUUCUGCCACCAUCAUUGGAUAAGUUAACCAUAGUGGUUUGUCCUCGAUUUGCAAAGUUCAUUAUUCAACAAGUAGUCCACAAACGGCUUCAACUAAAGGAGUUACGAUUCUCUGAGUUGGGACAAGACAAUGUGUGUGACACUAUUAAUUGGGAGAAUAUAUUUCAAAUUCAAGGCGGACACUUGUUCUCAAAGAUAGAGAUUUUAAAUCUAAAGGGUAUACAUCAGUUGCAGGGUCCCAUACAAGUUGCAAGCCUUCCUUAUCUUAAAGACUUAAAAGUGUCAAGUUGUAAAAGGCUGAAAUCUCUCUUCUCUUCUAUGCUUGCUCCAAAUAUGCCGCAAUUGAAAGUUUUGAAAAUAAAGUGUUGUGAGGAGUUGGAAGAAAUCAUUGAAAUGGACCAAACUUCAAUAGCAUCAUCAUCACAGAGUCAUCUCCAACCUAUAUCCUUCCCUAGUCUUCAAUUUAUAUCUAUUUCUGGGUGCAGCAAUUUGAAAAGCUUGUUUCCUAUUAGUGUCGCCCGUUCUUUUGCCAACCUCGAGAGAAUCCAAAUUGAAGGGGCUUCUAAACUAGAGCAAGUCUUUGGGUAUCAAGGUGAACUAGACAUUGAAGAUGAUCAAAAGGGAAUAGUGCUCCCUCAAUUAGAAAUAGUGGAUCUUUCUGAGCUAUCAGACCUAAAGAGUUUUGCUCCAACUGGUUGUCAUUUCCGAUUCCCUUCUAUGUCGGUUCUUAGAAUAACCAAAUCUCCCAAGUUGACCAUAACAGAGGUAACAGAGGAACCCCAACAAGUUCAGAAUAAUACAACAGAAGGUUUCACCACAAUGGAAGAAAUAGUUGAUAAUCAAUCCACCUGCAAUGAUAUAUUUUGGGAUAUUUCGAAUGAUCAAAUACCUCUAUAUAUGACUGUGGGAGAAACAAGGAUAAUGUUAUGCAAGGAAGUGAAAUUUAAGGAGAAACUUGUUAGCUAAACAGGUGAUUGAUACUUGAUUAUGCUUAUCAUCGUUGGAGCUUUCUGUUUUAUGGCGCCGUCAACUGGUUGGAUCUCUAUUUUUUCAGUUUUACUUUGCAGUGAAGAACUAGUUUACUCUACAUUUCAUAGAAUUUGCAUGUUUGAUAUUGUGAAUAAAGUUAUGUUUAGCCAUUCAUGUAAGACAAAUUUCAUCUAUUUUUUUACUUGGACUCGAACUCAAGCUUACAUGUCUCCUAAAUCCUCUUCUUAUCGCUUGGCCAAGACAUUGUUCGCAAAAUUCAUGUACUCUAAAGAAACAUGGUUUUUUGUGUUCAGUUUGGUUUGCUGGUUCUUUAUUAGUUCCUUAUAGCAGCUUGUAUGUAUGAGCAGUAUGUAGUUAUGUCUACUUGCAUGUCAUAGAUAGUUCUCCAUGCUUGUUUUUAUUGUGGUGAUUUAAUAAUUAAUUCAAUGAUAUGUCAUUUAUACACUAUGUUAUAUGAACUCGUGUGAUAAGACAUCAAAC